UCUUCAUCUCUCUCUGCUCUAUCACCUCCUUUCUUUCUGGUAAGUUAACUUCCUCUUCCUUUUGGCUUUAUUGUUUCCGUUUUUGCUUGUGAUAAGACCAUGUUUGGAGAGAAAGAUCUCUCAAGUAAUCAUCCUUGUGUGAGAGAUGAAAGCUCUCAAAGCAAGCUUUCACGUUUGUUUCAAAACAAGGAGAGUCCAGUUGAAAAGACGAGUUUUUCACAAAAGGGUAUUGAUUUUCUCGGAGAAUCAAAGGUGGGUCUUGAUGGAGGUUACUCUUUACCAAGAUCUUCCCAAGAACUCACCCUUAGCUACCUUUGUGAGAACUCUAAACUGGGUUUUGUUUCCGAGAAAGAGUUGGCCGGAAAAACUUACAAAGGGAAAGAAGUUGUUGAUUCCGAUAAUUCAAAUCAAGAUGAGAAAUGGGUCGAAAGGGAUUUCUUGAAUUUGAGUGAAAGUAAAGGGAUUUCUUCCAAAAGAGAUGUGGAGGAAGAUUUUCAUGAAAGAGAGAAUUUUAAUAGCGAGAAAAGGCCAAAGCUCGAGACUUUGAAUCUUUCUCUAGCUUUACCUGAUGUCUCUCUCUCUUUAACUACUUCAAAUGCUUUGCAAAAUGGCGAUCCUUCGACACAACAUCGGUCAAGGCCUAGUAGGAGUGUUCAGUCUUUGGCACCGUCGACCACCAAUAAUACGCAGACCACUUGUUCGAAUGAUUUCACUGCUGCUUCAUUGUCAUAUUCUUAUUCUGUGCCGUUUUCGCAUAAUCCUAGCUGCUCGUUAACUCGGAAUUCGACCGAGAAUUAUGAAUAUUCUGUUGGGAAAGAUGAUCAAAUUUGGUGUGGUGGUGAGGGUACUAAUGGAUCGGUUCAUAGUCGGUUUAGGCCAAUUGGUGAUGGAGUUGCUUUGGCUGGUGCUGGUGUUAGUGGGGGUUUUUCCAUUAUGCAGGCUAACCGUCAUGUGAAUAAGGAUUCGUGCAAUAGUCUUCAUAGGACUACUAGUUCAGAUAAUCAUUCCUUUUUCCCAUCGGAAUUGCUCGCUAAGCCGGGUGUAGAUAAUCAUUCAGGUGAUUCUAGGAAGAGGGAUUCAGAGAAUUGGAGAGUUUUGGACAGUAUGGAUGGAGGGAGAUCCAGGAAGAUUUCUAGACCAGAAAGAAUUCUUCUCGAAAUCGUCUCCGAGUCGAUACCUUCCAUGGUUCAAAUGUUGAAGGAGCUACCUGAUGAAACACUUGAAUUGACCAAAGAAUACUUGAGGAAUCUUAUAUCAACCCCAGAGAGGAAGGAAGACUUAGUGGUACUUCAAAGCCGGCUUGAGAGGAGAUCUGAUCUUAUCAAGGAGACACUCUCAAAGUGCUGCAAGGGUCAACUAGAAAUCUUAGUUGCAGUGAAAAUGGGGCUUAAAAGCUUCUUGUCCGGCAAAGUAGGACUUCCCAUGACCGAGCUGGUGGAGAUAUUCUUGUUUACCAGAUGUAGGAAUCUGAAUUGCAAGAGUGUACUGCCUGUUGAUGAUUGUGAUUGCAAGAUAUGCUCUGGAAAUAAAGGGUUUUGCAGUUCUUGUAUGUGUCCUGUCUGCUUGACUUUCGAUUGUGCUAGCAAUACUUGCAGUUGGGUCGGUUGCGAUGUUUGUUCCCAUUGGUGCCAUGUUGCCUGCGGUAUUCAGAGGAACCUUAUAAAACCAGGUCCUAGCAUAAAGGGACCAUCCGGGACUACUGAAAUGCAAUUUCAUUGCAUGGGGUGCGGCCAUGCUUCAGAAAUGUUCGGUUUCGUUAAGGAUGUCUUUCUAUACUGUGCUAAGGACUGGGGUCAUGAAACACUGAUAAAGGAGCUAGAUUGCGUUCGGAAGAUUUUCAGGGGCAGUGAUGAUUCAAAGGGCAAGGAGCUGCGCAUCAAAGCUGAUGACCUGUGCAACUGGCUCCGGAACGAAGCGAUGUCUACUUCAGACGCUUGCAGCAUCAUUCUUCAGUUCUUCAACCACAUUGAUGGUUUAUCAGACUUCCCUCCUACCUCUGGUGCAUGUUCGAAAGAGUUAACAGCAACUCAAGUUGAUCUUCGAAAAGACGAAUCAUCUGUGACACCGGGUGCUUCUUGUCCGCAGAAGCUCGUGUUUUACAGCACGAGCUCUUCAAGUGGGCACGAUUUACUUCAGAACGACCUCCGUCAGAAAGGUCUCAAACCUUCUCACAUGAAUGACCUAAUGAGUGAAGAUGAAUACCGGUUCGGAAGGUCAUCAAACACUGAGGGAUUCGACAGCAUAGAAGGCAUGGUAAGGAUCAAGGAAGCAGAAGCGAUAUUGUUCCAAAGCAAGGCAGACGAAGCACGGAGAGAAGUCGAGAGUUACAUGAGUAUGAUCCGAACAAAGUCUGCAAAGUUGGAAGAAGAAUACACCGAGAAGCUAUCAAAACUUUGCUUGCAAGAAACCGAGGAAAGAAGGAGGAACAAAAUGGAAGAACUAAAAGUUUUGGAACAUUCACACUGUGAUUACUACAAAAUGAAACUGAGAAUGCAAGCAGAGAUUGCCAGUUUGUUGGAGAGAAUGGAAGCUACCAAGCAACAAUGGGCUUAACCUUUUUUUAUUUCUUUAAACUUUCUUCUAAUUUAUUGCUUAACAGUUACUUAAAUCUAGAACUUGUGUAGCUUGUUUAAGCUUUUUUUUAACCUUAUGGAUUCUGCUUUGUUCCCCCAACGAGAAAUGAAUGAUUGUAAACCA